UCUGCCUGUUGUAGGAGCAUAAAUAUGCACAAGACUUCAGGAAUUUUACAACAGCAAAGAUGAAAGCGUCAAAUAGUGUCAGUUUUCUCACAGGUUGCAGGUUAUAUAAUUUCUUUAUAAAAGGUGUCAUGUUUUUAUUGUGGACUGAGUUCAGGUGUUUCUGAAGUUUACUUUUGAUCCACAGAAAGUUUAGCACUUUACAGACACAAGAAAGUGUUUAGUGUACGAGCACAAACCAUAUCAUCACUUAAUUUUGACAAAAGUGUGUAGAUACACACAAACAUAAUUUCUCAUUUUGCCCACCACCGUUCUGGAGGGGGGGGUGGGAACUGUCCUUAAAAACGUAUUAUUAUUUUCUUUUUUGUUUGAUGUCUCUGUGGUCAGUUUGUGUCUUUGCAGUAAGUUAUAUUGUGUGUUUUUAAAAUGGUCAUUUUAGUCUCUGUUGCUGGUCAUUUUGCAUCUCUCCUAUUAUUAUUAUUACUGAUGAGUCUACAUUACGUACACUUCUCUUUAAGUAAGAGUUAAAUUAAAAAGGAAAUUUGAAACCCAACAUUUACUUUUUGAACAACUUUAUAAAAACUUGCAGUUUUAACUAAUACUUUCCUCCCCUUUACCGAAGUACAGCUUGUAUGCACAUAUAACUGUAAAUUGAAUAUUACUAUUUUCACUUAGGGAAAUGAGUUCAUCUUUCAGCACUCAGUAAAUCAAACUUUGCUCUGACGGGCCUCCCACCAGACCAGUCUUCACUCAAACACCUUGGUCUCCAAACGGGAUUUCCUGUCUGAUUCUGAGGGAGGGGCUGCAUCUCAGGAACCCUCUUCCCAGCACUGACACUGGAACGUGGACUGGGACUGAGUCUGAGGAAGCCUGGGACAGUAAUGAGCUCACUUUGCCCUCAUGGUGUUUAACUGGUCACCAUGCCUUUGUUUCCUGUCUUCAUUGUUUUAGACGAGCAGGAAGGAUGAGACACUGCGGAACCAUGAGCUGAUGCCCGAUUGUCCUAGACGAGACAACCAUGCCAGCCAAGAUGAAAAAGAAAAAGCAGCGCCUCCCAAAACCAAACAAAAGAGACCAGAAGAAGAAAAAUAAAGUUUCCAUGGACAAAACCCACGAGGACCUUAGAUCCAACAGGCCAGAGUUUGCGGGUUUUCUGAAUCAGAUGAUUCAGUGGUUUUCUGAUCAUCAGCAGCAGGUUGAUCAACAUUUCAGUCUCAAGGACCCAGACCGAAGUGGAUCAGUCAACCUGAAGGAUUUUGAGCUCGGUCUGAUGAGCUUGGGCGCCCCCUGUCAGCAGAUUCAGCUCCACAUGUUGAGUGGGCUGCUGAAAACCAACAACACAAUCAGUUACCAAGACUUUAAGAAACAAUUACAGAGAUUAAGUCACAGCAGCACAGAGGUCGACACUCUGAUGUCAGAGGACGUCUCCGCUUUGAAAACCUUUGAUCACGAUGAGCCGUUAAAUCCUCACAAAGACAGGUUCAUCCGUCUGAGUGUCAGACUCAUCCCCUUCGACUUCUCAGCAGAACAUCCUGCCAACUUUCAGGUGGUUUUGUCGAGCAGCUGCAGAGUCUUCAGUCUGAUCCGGAUCAUCCAGGACCGGGUCGGUAUCCAGACCUCCAGGCUGGAUGUUUUUCUGAGCAGAGCGGCCACAGAGGAGGUCCGCCUGCCUCCAGAGAGCUCCCUGGAGGAGUGUGGUUUCAGAGGAGGAGCAGAGGAGCGACCUCCAGAGGUCACGGUGUUCUACGACUACAGACUGGAGUUCACAGACUGUCCGCUCCUCAACUGUGAUCACUACUUCAGGUCCAAACCAGACUCUGUGGCCAGGACGACCGGACACUGUCAGUAACAGGGUUUUUUUAGCCACACUGUUGGCCAGUCCUCCACUCUGGUUCAGGCUAAAAUAUUCUAACAACGACUUCAUGUUUCAUGUGCUGACAUUCGUGUUUCCAGGAGACUUGAUUUUGAUAAUCCUUUAACAUUCAUUCUAGCACCACCAAGAGGCUAAAGUCUGUAAUUAUGGCUUGAUUAUGGUACAACCAUCUAUCACGUUCAUGUUCGGCUCAGGAUGAAUUGUAAUUUGAUGAUCCUCUGACCUUCAAUCUAGUGCCAUUAACUGGUCAAAAGUUGCAUUCUGUAAGAUAUAAAGGUAUUUAUCACAAUCUC